AUGGGCAAGCGCAAGAGCUCGAGUAAGCCCCAGGGACCCAAGAAGAAGGACCCCCUGCCGACUAAGUUCACAUGUCUCUUCUGCAACCACGAAGACUCGGUUGCCGUGAAGCUGGAUAAGAAAGCGGGCGUCGGGUCACUGGAUUGCAGAGUGUGCGGCCAAAUGUUCCAGUGUAGCAUCAACUACCUUUCGGCUGCAGUUGACGUUUACGGAGAAUGGGUAGAUGCUGCGGACGCCGUGGCCAAAGAAGCAGGCUCUGCUGGUGGAAGCGGCCUGAGUAAGACCUCUAGUGGUCGCCGCGCACCUCCGACCCGAGCAGUGAACGAUGACGAUGAUGACGAUAGAAGAUAUGGUGGAGAGGGUAUCGACGCAGAUGACGAUGAUUACUAG